AAAUAUAAUACCGACUUUCAUCAUCAUCAACUUUGGUCAAAUUGACUAUAAUCAAGACUGUUGCCUUAAAACUUUCAUUCAUAGCCAAAAUCUGUAUGGUUGCAGAAAUGGGAUGCACACUGUCCAUUAAAACUGACAAAUGUCCUUCACCUUUCGACCCGGAUGUGUAUCUGAUACGGCAACCUUCCAGCCCGGUAGAGAAGAAACUUCCGCUGGAGAUCCGGAAAAAGAUUUCGAGCACCGCUAAGCCAUGUCUCAACCGGUCUCCCCAGCGGAAGUGGAUUCGGAGUGUUUCUGUGAUGGAUACUCGAUGUUCCCUGACCACACGUGACAAAUAUCAAAUCAUCAAAUCUUGGAAAGGCAUCGCCAGAGACUUGCAUACUACAGGCGUCACAAUGUUUCUCAGAAUGUUCCAAGAGUAUGACGAUCUCCGGAAGUUCUUCAAGUUUGGAGACUACAAGGAAUCUUCCGACCUCCUCCAGAACAAGAUCUUCCAGAACCACGUGAUGCUGGUAAUGCAUACACUCGACGAAGCCAUCUGUUCAAUGGGGGACACAGAUUACGUCAUGGAGAUGCUGCGAGGGGUGGGGAAAUCUCAUAGACGCUUGCCCGAGUUUAAUUUCAUGAUUUUUAGCAGGAUAGAGGAGCCAUUUUUGAUCGCCGUCAAGGAAACGCUUGGGGAUCGCUAUUCGGCCAACAUGGAUAACAUAUAUCGGAAAACAGUGAAAUUCAUUAUACGCGAACUAUCACAGGGAUUUAACGAUACUCCUAAGGCAAUAGACUAGCAUGAUUAGGAUAUCUGCAAUACAACCAGUGCCAUUGAUACGUGUAUUUCCAGCAUU